ACAACACUCAAGUAGGAGGAAACAAAUCAUUUGUUUGUCUUGAACUCUUAAUCAAAACGACAACGUUUAGAUGUAAAAUAAAUCUCGGGAGUGAGGGUAUUUCUGUAAUACUCUUACUGUAGUAUUACUCCGCCUCGUCGGUCGUCUUCUUCAUUUUCCGUGAAGCUGAGGAGAAGAGGGAAGCUCCGAUCUGUUAGGGUAAUUUUCGUUCAAGAGUAAAGGAGAAAUCAAUGGCGGCGGCGGGAGGUGGAAGAUCGAUGCUUGGAUCCAUGCUUCUGUUUACGGUGGUCCUCUCGCUUCAAGAAGUGUACAGAGGGAAAUUAGCUUCUUCGGAGCUGUUCACGAUCCUUGGAGGCUUCACUAGCUCCCUCCUCUUUCUCUUCUCUCUCACAUUGAUAGGAAAUCUCCAGGAGUCUUCUGGCACGAAGAGUAGCUGGGGUGCAGUGGUUAUUGCGGAGAUCAUAGCUCUUGUAGCUGCUAGCACGGUGCAUCGAGUUUGUAUUACAACCUGCUUUUUGUUCUCUGCUGGGCUGUUAUACGAGAUGAACAAGAUCUCUGGAUACAUGCACUCUGAGUCAAAAUCUAAAAGGCACUGAAGGAAUUAGAGAACAGGAUAAUGUGUUUAUUGUUGUUUACAACUAAAAGAAGAUUCAAGGAUACUUCCAACUUCAUGAACUAAAGAGACUUAGAAUUUCUGCAUCUUAUGCUUGGUCGAUUUUGUACUUGUGUUUAUGACUCUAUGUUCUUGGAGAAAGUUAGUCAAAUAAUCAUAUAAUAUAUCUAGUUUUGAAUUAAGAUUAGUACAAAUUUUC